UUGAGUUUCGUUUCUCUUCUGCUGUCAGCGAUGGCGUCUGCUGAUCUGACAGCUGAGCUGGAAUGUUCCGUCUGUCUGAACAUUUAUACCGAUCCUGUAACCCUGAGAUGUGGUCACAACUUCUGCCGGGUCUGUAUUGAUCGUGUGCUGGAUACACAGGAGGUGUCUGGAGGAUAUUCCUGUCCUGAAUGCAGAGAGAAGUUUCCGGAUCGUCCUGCACUGCACAGGAACAUAAAACUGCGUAACAUAGCAGAGACUUUCCUGUCUGCUCAGCCAGAUCCAGAGGAGUCCGGGGUCUUCUGUACUUACUGUGUGGACUCUCCUGUACCUGCUGUUAGAUCCUGUCUACACUGUGAGGUUUCUCUGUGUGAUAAACACCUGAGAGUCCACAAAAAGUCCCCAGAACACAUCUUAUGUGACCCCACCUUGUCCAUGGAGAGCAGGAAAUGCUCCGUCCAUAAGAAGAUCCUGGAGUAUUACUGCACUGAGGAUGACACCUGUGUCUGUAAGUUUUGUGUUACUGGAGAACAUCGGGGACACCAGAUGGAUAUGAUGGAUGAGGCUUCUGAGAAGAAGAAGACGACACUGAGGAAUGUUCUGCAGAAACAUCUGACAAAGAGAGAGGAGACGGAGGAAAGAGUCCAGAGUCUGCAGGAACACAGGAGGAAAGUAGAAGAAGAAGCAGCUGGUGACACCGAGAGAGUCACUGUCCUGUUUAGAGAUCUCAGGAGACGUCUGGAAGAUCUAGAGAAGAGAGCCCUGAGGGAAAUCUCCGGGAGGGCAGAGCGGAUCUCCAUCUCCAUCCGGGAUCUGGAAAUAAAGAAGGAGGAGCUGUCCAGGAAGAUGCGUCACAUUGAGGAGCUGUGUAACAUGACGGAUCCACUGACUGUCUUACAGGAAUCAGACACAGGUGACUUGUGUGAUACUGAGGAUGGAGAUAAUGAGGACAGAGAGAGACAUGAGGAGCUCCUCCAUGAUGGAGGGGGUCUGGGUGUGGCGGGGGUCUUACACACAGGUUUAUCUGAUAUAAUAACAGAGGUAAAUGUAUACUUUUAUCUACAGGGAGCUGCAGACAUAUUACUGGAUGGAAUCACAGCUCAUAAUAAUCUACAGAUAUCAGAUGACAGGAAAACUGUAUCCAGGUCAGAUAGAAACCAGAAUUACCCAGAAACACCAGAGAGAUUUCAGUAUUAUGCUCAGGUGAUGAGCAGUCAGAGUUUCUCCUCAGGGAGACAUUACUGGGAAGUGGAUGUCGGGGAGUCAGAUUGGUGGAGAGUCGGGAUGUGUUACCCCAGUAUAGAGAGGGGAGGACAGCAGUCACUGAUUGGAGAAAAUAAGAUGUCCUGGGGUUUCAACAAGAGAGAUGAUCAGUAUUAUGUGACACAUGACAGUAACAAGAUCCCCUUACCCCCCAAUGUCUCCAGUAACAGAGUCAGGAUAUAUCUGGAUUAUGAGGCCGGGAGGAUCUCCUUUUAUGAUCUGUGUGACCCGAUCCGACACCUCCACACCUUCACCACCACCUUCACUGAGCCCCUCCAUGCUGGGAUACGUGUAAAGAAAGGUUCUAUAAAAAUAUGUGGGGGGAGGCAGGAGAUGUGAGAACUCCACCCACAGAUGACAUCACAGGGAUGGGCAGUGAGAUUGCUUCAUUGAUCAGCACUUUUUUUUGCACACAUGUUUAAAAAAUUAUUUUAGUCUUGAAGAUUAGUCAAAAGCAAAAAAUACUAUACAUUUUCUUAAACCCUAGAGAAAAAAAAAUAGUGUUAGUUCCAUUUUUGUAUGUCAAUAUUAUCACAACAAUUUAUUAAGCACAACGUUUCAGUAAAAAAAAGUGCACUAAAAUUAAUUGUAGGGCACACAGACACAAUAAAUUACCCACAUAUUU